AUGUUGUCUACCGGAAGUAAAACUUUCCUAUUUCGACCGUUCCUGGGCUCAUGCCAUGCACUACAAAGUGGAAAACUACCAUGUUCAAAUCUUCAUACAACUCCCACGAAAAUCACAGUGAAAAGAUAUUUGGUUGGAUAUAGUUGGUCAACUCAGCCACAUUCCAGAUUACUUCAUUCAUGUCAACAAUUAAAGAUAGAUGACAAAAAUAAAUCCGAGCAUUUUAAAAUUGAAACAAACGAUUCAACCGAUGAACCCAAUAUAGAAGUGGAAAACUUCCCUCACUUUAGAGAAGCAAAAAAAGCAAAAGAGACACAAAAAGGAAGCUCUCUUGCUGAAGCUGAGGAGCAUCCGGAUGUAGAAGAAGGAAGAGCGAUGCAAGAUGGAGGGUAUAGACUUCCUCAUCCUAUCUGGCACAAACAAGAAUUAGAAUCAGUGCGGAUAUCACAUAGACCUCCUGUUGGGAAAGUAGACAAAUUGGCUUAUUACAGUGUACAGUUACUUCGGACUGGCUUUGAUGUUUUUUCUGGUUAUACUCUCGGUACAUACACUGGACGGCUAGAUGAGAAACAGUGGGUCAAGAGAAUUAUAUUUUUAGAAACCAUUGCUGGUGUACCAGGAAUGGUCGGUGCCAUGGUUCGUCACCUGGUUUCCUUACGUAGAUUAAAGCGAGACCACGGUUGGAUUCACACAUUGCUUGAAGAAGCUGAAAAUGAGAGAAUGCACUUAAUGACUGCGAUGAGAAUUGCCAACCCUGGUAUUAUCAUGAGGACGAGUAUUGUGGUUGCACAAG